AUCAAAACAGCUGCUGCGGAUACAAUGGUAGAGCGUUCCUAGGACCUCCCUAGCUCGGCGUUGAGGUGUCCCAGUGGCGAAUUGCCAAUGAGUGCGCUCAAGGGCCUCCAGGUUCUCAGGCAGCGCCAGCUCGGCAUUCUUGAAGCUUUUCCCGAUCUUGGAAACAGAAAAGCCCCAGGGGAGGACAGCGCCAGCGAUGAGCCCAAGCCGAAACCUUUCGGGCCGCAGCCACAUUCUGACCCUCCUGCCCUUGGCGGUGGGGACGGGGCGCCGUGCCCCUCACUGAGCCGAGUGGCCUUGGUGCUUCUUCGGUGCCAUCCCACGGCAAUGUUUGGUUCUGCCGUGUCUUCAGGCGUGAGCCUGUUGCCGAGCUCUGGCAGGUUAGAUGCUGGGCUGCGCACCGGCAUCUACCCCGAGGCGGGGAGGGACUCAAACAGGUGUACUGGCACACACGCCGCGGCGGGGCCGGACGAUGCACCUUGCACCAGCGGACGCGGUGACGGCACAGGCGCAGCAGCAUGGAGCAGCAGGGCCAGCAGCCGCGGCAGCCAGCGCCUGGGCCGCGCCAAGCGCCUGCCCUGGGCGCAUCUGGCCGCACGUGAACAGGCGGCGGCCGCGCGGCUUGCGGAGGCGGCUGAAGCGAGGGCGCAGCUCUUAACAUACCUUCCAGACGUAGAACGCGACGUGGCUUUGGAUUUUGAGAUCUACAGCGACGGCAGCUUCUUCAGCGCCGAUGGCGCCGGAUCCAGCCGCCUCUCCUGCGCGCCGGCGGGCGCCGACCUGUACGAACCGAGCCUGUACGGCGACGAUUAUAACCUGUACGCCGGGCGCCAAGAGGCGUGGCUGCGCCGCUACGACAGCGGUCGCGGGCGGCUCCGCGGCCUUGACGUCAAUGAUGACGAGGGGUUUCAGGAGUUCAACAGCUGUGAUGGGGACGUUUUGGAUUUGGAGCGGGGCGGGCAAACCGCCGGCGGCAGCGAGCGCGGCGGCAGCGAAGGGGACGUUUUCUCCAGUGAUACUGAGUCGCUUUAUGAGUGGCUGACCCACAUCUCGGAUGCGCUGCUGGAAGCAGAGGAGGAGCUCAGCAGCGGGAGGUGGUUCGGACGCGGCAGCCGCGGCGGCGUGGGGGUGCCGGCGCGGCCGCUGCCGCCGGCGCCUUGGGCACCAGCGGAGCGGGAAGAGGUUGUGCAGGAGGCGGUGGCCCUGGCGACGCAGCGCUGUCUGCUCAAGGCGGCGGUGCUGCCGCUUGACCGACUCAUCAAAGAGUAUGGUGCCGAUGUGGACAGGUGGGCGAAGGAGGCCGGAGAUCAGGCGGUCAUCGCGGGUGGGGAAACGGAGCAGGAGCAGAAGCGGCUGCUGCUGCGGGCCAAGCAACAACGACGAGAAGCGGCGGAGCUUUUUAAGAGCAGCAUGCGUACUCGGCUCCAGCUGACGCGGUCUUGUAAUGCCAAGACAGCAGCCUACGAAAUGCUGCUGGAGGGACCGCGCGGCGAGCAGAUAGGCAUUGAUGCCGAUAUCACGGAUUUUCGCCUCGCGGUCCAGAGGUUGGAGGUCAUCUGCGAGCUGCUGCAGCGCAAGACGGGGAAGGGUUCGGGUGGCAGCGGCGGCAGCAGUGAAACCGUGGCGCGAUUCGAGGAGCUCUGUGCGGUGCUGAUGGCGGCUGUGACGGAUGAGGAUGGGCCGGAGCGGCUGCGAUGGCGGGUGCUGAUGGAUGCAGCGACGCGCGCGACGGGCGCUGCUAAACACACCGCGAUUGUCGCUCUCAACUGGGCGCUUCUAGGCUGUGUGCAGAUCAUCGCUGGAUGCCUGAUCGCUGACGGAAGCCCGCUGCAUGAGCUAGGCCCGCUGGACCCCGUCACGGCCGCUGCGGCAGCUGCCUGCUACGAGUACGCCAGCCUGUCCGCGUCUGAGGCGGGCGUUGCUGAGCAGGUGUACUACUCUGCUGAGCAAUUCUAUGCGAUGCUCCACAUGGGCCCGCUGCCGCCCAUCGCGCUCCAAGUGCGGACAGACCUCUUGCCCGCUACGGCGGCCUCGCCGCCGCAGCCGCAGCCGCUGCCGCAGCCGCUGUCGGCGGAGCACCUCAAUUCCACGGCCAUGCGGAGCAUGUUCCACACCCUGUCCACAUACGGCUGGCUGGGAUACCUGCAUCUGGUCGGUCGGGACGGCGACAACAACGCCGUGAGCGAGGAGGAGCUGAUCGCGGCUGAGGAUGAACUGUUUGGCUGCGAGUUGGUCGAUUACGUGCUGUGGCAGCAGCAGAGCCAGCAGAGCCAACUCAUCAGCACAGGGGAUGCCGACACGGUUUCGGGCUCGGGAGACGAGGGCGAGUGCGCCGCCAGCCCACAGCCGCAGCAGGGCCUUCCCAGGUCUGCUGUGGCCGGGCCUGGGCCUGGGCCUGCGGCGGGGCCGUCCACCGCGACGCGGCGCAGCGCCGCCGCCGCGGCGGCUCCACCAGCGGGCGCCGCCACGGCGGUGUCUGCCGUCAGCAGCAGCAGCGGCGGCGGCGGCGGCAGCCGCGAGCCGCGCCAGGGUCUGCUUGAGGUGGCGGCGGCUUGGGAUGCUCUGCCGCCGCCGCCAGCUGCGCUGCAGGCCCAGGCGGUGGCGCUGCUGGCCGCCACGCGGGAGGUCCUGGCUCUGAUGGAGCAGCCCAUGCGGGUGCUGCCAGCAGAGGUGGGCGCCACCACGGCCGGGAAGGGCCCCGGCUGGAGCCUCGGUCCGCCUCCCGAGGCUCCGGCCGGCGCCGCAGGCGACGGCGAGAGCGAGGUCCGGUGUCGGCUGCGGCUGGAGGGGCCGGAGCUGGUGGCGGCUCUGGCCAUGCUCUUGGCUGAUGGGCAAGCCCUCGCGGACUACCGCAAGGGCUCGGGCGCCGGCCAGCUGCAGACGCUGUGGCUGCCGGUGGGGAAUCCGCCCGCCUCAGCCUCUGCGGUAUCAGGAGCAACGUCAACCGGUGCCCAGCGUGCAGGGCAGCAGCACGGGCCCCAGCAGCAGCAGCUGCAGCACGGGAUAGAGGUGGAGUUCGUGCGCUGCCUGGGCUUCAGCGCCCGCGAGACCCUGGGUGGCGGCUCCACCACGCUGAUGGAGGAGCGCAAGUUGCGCUUAAGCAACAACAUCGUGCAGGUCACCGACAAACUUAAGCCGGCGGACGCGGCGAAGCAGGCACACAAGGUCCUCAAGGAGUACGGCGCCUGUUACAUGCAUGGCAAGGGCGCUGGCGGCGUGCUGCGGGUGCUGCAGGCGCUGGCGCGGGUGCGGCAGGACAUGCGGCAGGCGGGUGGAGGCGGGCGGGACGUGGCUGCACUCGUGACCGAAACCGUUCACUACGGGGAUGCUGACGUCUUGAACGAGUGCCGAAAGGCGACAACACCGGCGCCGGCCGCUGCCGGCCAACACGCCGGCACCGGCGCGUCGCAGCAGCAGCAGAAACAGAAGCACCAGCCGGCGUAUGCGGGACAGGAAGGAGAGGCGGCAGAGCCACUCGAUGACUGGUCGCUGCAGGCGUGCGUAGACGAGUUCGCAGUCAACGUGGAAAUCCUUGAAAGGGGGCCCGUCGGGUCUUGCGGCAGCGACGCGGACCUGGAGCUGGAGUUGCAGCUGGGUAGACUUGUGGAGAGGCUCGCGUGGCGCGUGCUGCUACCGCUACUGCCGCCGCCGCCGCCACAGCAGGGGCAGCGGGGCAGCGGUGGUGGUGGCGGCGGCGACGGCGGCGGCUCAAACACACCGGUGGCCUGUGAGGCGGGCUCUUCGGAUGUGGUACUGUGGUUAGAGCAGGUCUACCAGUUAAUUGGCGGGGCGAAACACCGCGAGGGCAGGGACGAGGCGCGGUGGCUAAUUGAUCAUGCGGUCGGGAGCGCACGAAAGGAACUGGUGGUUGAGUUCCUGGUGCUCACGUGCAGCCCCGGCCACCCCACCGAGUUCUACCUAGCGCCCGGCGUGGCUGCGGCUGCGCAGAAAAAGCUCAAGGAGGAGAAGAUGACCAAGGACGUGGCGGUGAUUGACCGGCUGUGAGGCGCAUCACGCAAGCUUGGCUUGGGUGUUGCGCACGGGUGUUGCCGUACUUGGACAGUAUGUCCGUCUGCAUGAACGGUGUAGCGUGUGAUCUGUUUGGUUUCUAGUGUUGUCAGUGGGUAAACAAGAGAGCAAUGAGAGGCACAGGACAGGAGCGGUAUGCGGCACGGCUGUUACGGAUGGCGGUAGGAUGGCACUGCACGAACUGGGUACCGUACUUUCAUUGAGCAUAAUCUGGCGACUGGGCUGGACAGGGCUGUACGCAAGGUGUGGCUGCACACCUGGCAAGGCUACGAUGGCAUAAGCACAAAUGCCAGCUCUCACAAAGCCAGUGCAGGGAAUAAUGCUGUGCUGAGUAAAAGCAAGACAGAAUGCAUGGAGCGAGGUAGGCGCAUGGAAAGGGAAGUUGCAAGGCCAUGUGCCGACAUUCAUUACUUUGUUGUUAUGCAUUGUACCUCCAGUACUUGGGGGAGGAUACCAAAGGUUAGGCAGCUAUUAUCGGUACGCGAUUCAGGGAGGAGCUUUCUUGUCGGGACGGGAGCUGAAGGCGGUGUCAGGUGGAGACGUGUGGAGCAACAUGCACCAUCGUCCAGUGGCUCCACUCUGGCGUUGACUACGCGAGGGUACACGGACGCGUCAUUCAUUCGUUUUGCUUUGUAAGCACGCUCCCUC